GGCACAGUCUUAAGUUUAUUAGUUUCCCGGUCGGUUAUCGUCGCGGACGAUAAAAACAGACAAUCUUAUUUGUUCUGUAUCUCUGCCGUACCUGCCAAUACGCGGGUGAUAAGUUGCUCAUUAGCCGUUAGUGGCAAACUCACACACAAACACACACAUAAGCUCUCUCUCUCUCUCUCUUUCCGCUUGGUACCGCUGUGAACGCCCCAAAAAUUGUGCACCUACUACCUGGUUUAUUUCGUCACGCUCACGCCGGUGCCGUUUGGUAUCAUUUAUUACGUUUUUGUGCGCUGUGCGCUUGCAAAUGAACACAAAAUAGCAGACUGCUGGAACACAUUGCGCACAUUUUGCACAAACUCUUGCGUAGAGCUGUGAGCCAUUACUGUCGUUGGAAGUCUUCAGGGUGAUAUUCGCAACUCUGUGUAGAUAUUAGUAUCUUCGCGUUGUGUAUGUGUCUUCAGACCCAUGGAAGAGUACUUGCUAUUCCCAGGCUCAUCAAGCGUACUUGCCUGGUUGGUUUUCAAUACCGUUUGGUGGUUCUUCAUAAUUCCCGAGGUUCUUCAUAUUGCUCUGCCUAAUCAGUAAAAUACAUUUCAACAUCUUGGGCGUCAUCAAAGCUUUCUAUGCCUGACUAUAAGAAUUUGUAUGUAUCUUCAUGCCCUUCAAGAGCAAUUUAGAUGUCUGUCAUCAAUAACUUUUCUUGAUUAACAAUAAGAGAUCAAAUCUCAUCAUCUUGCUAUGCCUGGCUUUCGGAACAUGCUUGUUUCCAGGAACUUUGCUAUGUCUUCAGAAUUUGAAUGGUUCAUCUUCUUAUUAUACCAUUUCCACGAGUAAGAACGUUUCAACAUCUUGGGCCUCAUCAACGCUUGCUAUGCCGGACUUUAACAAUUUGUAUGCAUCUCCCUCUCCAAGAGCAUGCUUGUUUCCAGGAACUUUACUAUACCUACAGAAUUCCCGAGGCUCAUCAUCAUGCUCUGACUAAUGAGUAAGAAACGUUUUAACAUCUAGGGCCUAACCAAAGCUUGCUAUGCCCGACUAUAAGAACUUGUAUGUAUCUUCAGGCCCUGCAAGAGCAAUUUAUAUGUCUGUUAUCAAUAAUUUGUCUUGAUGGACAAUUAGACAUCAAAGCUCAGCAUCUUGCUAUGCCUGGCUUUUAAGAACUUUUGUGUCAGGCCCAUCAAGAGUACUUGCUAUGCUUGUUUCCAUGAACUUUGCUUUGUCUUCAGAAUUCCCGAUGAUCAUCACCUUGCUCUGCCUAAUGUGUAAGGAACGUUUCAACAUCUUGGGCCUCAUCAAAGUUUGCUAUGCCUGACUGUAAGAACUUGUAUGUAUCUUCAGGCCCUUGAAGAGCAUGCUUGUUUCCAUGAACUUUGCUUUGUCUUCAGAAUUCCCGAGGUUCAUUAUCCCGCUCUGCCUAAUGAGUAAGAAACGUUUCAACAUCUUGGACCUCAUCAAAGCUUGUCUGGCUAUAAGAACUUGUAUAUAUCUUCAGGCUCUUCAAAAGUAAUUUCUGUGUUUGUCAUCAAUAACUUUUCUUGACAGACAAUAAGAGAUCAAAGCUCAGCAUCUUGCUAUGCUUGAAGUUGAAAAAAACGUGUCAAGAACAUCUUAGUCCUUAGAUCCUAUCGGCCCUCAACCGGAUGUUAAAAAUAAAGCAUAAUCGUUACCUCCUGAAAGGGCAUUGCAUAUGGAGCUAACGAAACAUCUGCCACCGAAUUAGGCCACAUCUGUAACAUCUAAUACUGUGGAGUUGGAUCCAAUAGGAUUGCCAGCCUGGAACAUCGCGGAAAUGGUGCUGUGAAGAAAGUAUCUCCUUCUCCGGUCGAUCCUUAGGUGCGCGUGUCCGAAGAGCUGCGUAGUUCGGGGUGCCGUGUUAGUACAGCAUGCGACUGUUGUACCGCUGCUCAUCCUGAUAAUCCCUGCGCCCCACAAAUGCCAUACGCCGCCUGCUUGCUUGCAAAGGGGUGAGCUAAGGCCCCCACGAAACGAUGGCUCAUCGUUUCCGCACGCUAGAGAGACAACCCACCACCCCAAACACGGCACAGACAGAAUUCCGGGGAAAAAAAGAUUAGUUUGUUUCCUGGGCAAUGGGCACUAUACUCCCCCCCCACCGAAAGGGUCGUGUUUGUUGCACCGUGUGCCCUGUCCGGCACAAACAGAAGGCGAAGGUGGAGCCCGGUUAUCGUUGUUGCUAAUUUCGCACUUGCGGGGCCUUUUAUUGCCGGGUGUUUAUCAGGCGCAGCGGAACGGCCCGGAUAAUUUGAGAGUCAGCUAGCGGAGGGCGCUCGGAGAAGGGUGGCUGACUUCAUUCACCUCGCCGGUUUCUCGAAUUUCUCGCCGGCCAGGUUUUAUGGCAACGCUGCGCUGUGCGGCCCGGGGGCGCGUGAUAAACAGGUGCUGAUGUUAUCCCUAUAAAAACUACAUCCGAUAUGUACGACGGAAUUCAGUGCAGCGCGAACAGACAACCGAUACGCACAGGUUCCGCGGCAGGAAGGCGGUUUUCGAUUUUGAAGUGAGCUAGCGUGUGUGUGUGCCAAGUGAGAGAGGGCGGAAAGAACAAAUAAAAAAAAUAGAUAGAACGAUGCGUCAUUCGCUGAUGCCGACAGUGAUUGGGACAAUUUUGCUGGUGGUGGCGCCGCUGCUAGCCCACACGCAGGAGCUGGCGGCAGUGAGUGGUGCAGCAGUGCGGUGCGAAACGGUCGGCUCGCUUCCGGCCGACGAGACGGACCGGUGCAGUGGCGCCUACUAUCGCUGUGAGCUGCGGCCAACGGACAGCGUGCCAGUUCCGGUCGCUGCGCAAUGUUCCGUCGGACGCGUGUACUCGCGCGAAGCGCGCCAGUGCGUGGACGCGGCGACGGUCGGGUGUAGCGGCAUUGCGUUUGCCGGCCCGCGUGACGUCGGCUUCCAGUGUACGUCCAGCGGUAGGUUUCCCGAUCUGGACGCGCCCGACUGCAAGGCGUACUUUCUGUGCACGAAGAACACGGACGGUUCGCUGAUACCGGCCCGGGUGACCUGCCCGGGGACGACCAUCUUUUCGCCGGAAAAGAUGUCGUGCGUUUCGUCGCCGCCCAAUGUGUGCCCGCAGGCAUCGACGGCGGCGCCGCCGCCGAGCACACCCGUCACGCCCGGACCGUUCGUGUGUCCCGGCGAGGGCCGGUACGCGAACGAACAGUCGCCCGACUGCCAGACGUACUACCUCUGCCUGUACUCUGGCAGCAGCCUGGUGGCGCAGCUGGCGCGGUGCGCCUCUUCCAUGGUGUUCUCUCCGGCUGAGGGCAGUUGCGUUUCCUCCGACCAGUACAGCUGCCCGAAUCUGGUGACGCCGUCACCGACAGUCCCGACGACGACUUCAACGACGUCGCAAUCAACGCCUGAGCCAUCAACGAAUAUCCCGCUGACGACGCCAGGUUCUGCAACUCCUGAGCCAACGCCCGAACUUUCAACGAAUAUCCCGCUGACGACGCCAGGUUCUGCAACUCCUGAGCCAACGCCUGAGCUAUCAACAAUUAUUCCGCUGACGACACCAGGUUCUGCAACUCCUGAGCCAACGCCUGAGCCAUCAACGAUCAUCCCGCUGACGACGCCAGGUUCUGCAACUCCUAAGCCAACGCCUGAGCCAUCAACGAUCAUCCCGCUGACGACGCCAGGUUCUGCAACUCCUAAGCCAACGCCUGAGCCAUCAACGAUCAUCCCGCUGACGACACCAGGUUCUGCAACUCCUGAGCCAACGCCCGAACCAUCAACGAAUAUCCCGCUGACUACGCCAGGCUCUACAACUCCUAAGCCAACGCCUGAGCCAUCAACGAUCAUCCCGCUGACGACGCCAGGCUCUGCAACUUCUGAAGUGACGCCCGAACUUACAACAAACAUUCCCCUUACUACACCAGGUACGGCGUCAUCCUCAACUGUUGAGUUAACACCUGAGCCAACAACAAACAUUCCGCUAACAACGCCAGGCCCAAGCUCGACUUCAACAACUCCUGAGGCCACAACGAACAUCCCGCUGACGACACCAGGCACUGGAACUGCCUCAACCACCAACUUGCCACAAACAACGCCCGGUGAAGGCCCAUCUCCGACAACUCCUGCACCAACUGCCGCGCCAACGACUGCCAUCCCGUUGACCACGCCGGGUGCAGUCACGACAACUACACCGUCCGUGCCGGUACCGACCACAACAGCAACGCCUGAGCCACGGACGGACCUCCCGCUGACUACGACGCCGGGUCUGGAACCGUCCUCAACGACGACUGAUGCCGCCACCGCCACGACCACCGACAGUGUGGACGGGACGGAUACGACCGACCGAUCCGACGCUACCGACGGCGCAACGAACACAUUGCCCACCACCACCACCACCACGUCCGGCGCGUUCCAGUGCCCGAACGAGGGCCGCUUUCCGAGCCCGGACGCUACCGGCUGCGAAUCGUACGUGCUGUGCGUGCGCAACAGCCUCGGCACGCUGACGCCGCUCCAGUUCACCUGCCCGCCGACCACCAUCUUUUCGCCGACCCGCGCCAUGUGCGUGACGGCGGCCCUGCACACGUGCGGCCAGGAGACGACCAGCGUCGCGCCACCGGCCACGACGACCACGACCGUACCGCCGCCGCCACCACCGACGCCCACCCCGUUCCAGUGUCCGGACGUGGGCCGCUUCCCGAACCCCGACUCGCUCUACUGCAAGUCCUACUACCUCUGCCUGUACAGCCUGGCCGACGGCAACACGAAUCUGAUCAGUGUGGAGCUGAGCUGCCCCACUGGCGCCAUUUUUGCCACGGACGCGAGCCGCUGCGUCAAGGAGGAGGGUUACCGGUGUGGGGUGGGCGGCGGCGCUACCACUGCCGGUCCGGAGACGACCACGACGGCGGCGGCGACGACGACGACGACGACGACGACAACCACCACCACCACUACGACCCCUGCGCCUACGACGACCACGCUCGGGCUGGAGGGUGCGUGCCGGACGGCCGGCAAGUUCCCGACCGGGGUCGACUGCCGCUCGUACCAGUUCUGCGUCCAGCUGCCGUCCGGCGAGCUGGUCGAGUUUAUCUUCCAGUGCCCGGGCACCACGCAGUACGACGAGCAGAAGCGGGCGUGCUCGGACCGCUACGUGUGCACCCGCGGCCUGAUGUGAUGGACACUUCCCCAUUCAUCUCCCUCCUCGUCCUCCCCAAUUGGUGACACGCUGUUGUAAUUAGGUGUUUAGCUGUUUUUUUUUGUUUUGUUUCUUCUGUGCUGUGCUUUCGCUGCGCACCCCUAGGUGACCUGGUUUGAGUAAUAAAUUAUUUUAUGCUGUGCAA